UUCCCAUCGCACGCCGUCCGUUCCUCACCCAAACGCCUUCCUUCGCCACUCAUACUCCAGCCUCUCCAUCGUCUCUUCCUUUCACCUUUCGAAGCCCCAGAGUACGAGAGAGAGCCUAGCUUGCCGCCGGAGAAAAUGAACGCCCUCCAGCAAUCUUCCCUGGCAUUCCGCCUCCACACAGCCGCCCUAUCGUCAAACGCCAUCCCCAGGGCUGCCAGCGGCGCCGCGGCCCUCCGUUCCUCCUCCAUCUCCGGCAUCUCUUUCCCCUCCCUCCGCCUCCUCCGCUGCGCCGGGCGGAGGAAAUCCGGCGCUGCGGGGGCGACGAUGGUGGACACAGCUGCGUCGAGCUACGCUACGGCCCUGGCGGACGUUGCCCGCGCCAACGACACGCUCGAGAUCACGAGCGGCGAUGUGGAGAAGAUAGAGAAGCUCUUCGAGGACGAGAACGUGCUGGAGUUCUUCGCGAGCCCCGUGAUUGGUUUGGAGAAGAAGCAGAAGGUAAUCGAUGAGAUGGCGGCGGGGUCGAAACUGCAGCCGCACACGGUGAACUUCCUCAACAUCCUGGUGGAGAUGAAGCGGGUCGACAUCAUUAGGGAGAUCGUCAAGGAGUUCGAGGCCGUCUACAACAGGCUAACGGACACCGAGCUAGCGGUCGUCACCUCCGUCGUCAAGCUUGAACCCCACCACCUCGCCCAGAUUGCGCAGACGGUUCAGAGGCUCACUGGAAAGAAGAACGUGAGGAUCAAGACGGCAAUCGACCCGUCGUUAGUUGCCGGAUUCACAGUGAGGUACGGGAGCUCUGGGUCGAAGCUCAUCGACAUGAGCGUCAGGAAGCAGCUCCAGGAGAUCGCCGGGAAUCUUGACGUCAAGGAGCUGGUGGGAUCGCUGAAAGAAUGAUCCUUCUGCCAUGUGGAUGACAUCCUGUUCGGUGAGGCCUGGCCGUUCCCUCUCUUCUUCCUCUGCGUCCUUUUCUCCUCUUUCAGUUUCUAUGUAGAAUUAUUGUUUAUUCCCCUUCUGUUGCCAGCAAACAUGUAAGGGCCGAGAGACGGGCCUUUUCAUUCCGAAUGCUACUCUUGCCUGUUAUGUUACGGGAGCUUAACGAAUUGAAGUUGGAUUCUUUCAAA